AACUCUGGGGCCGGACUUAUUUUUUCCAGUGGGCAUCGACGAUGCGUCGGAAGUUUUCGAAUCUCCACACUGAACUUCACUGGUUCGUCUAAAAGCGACCUAUAAUUCAUCAUCAUCCUCUUCAGAAAAUACGGAGUUUCCUCUUGUUCUGAGAAGAUUUUAGCUCCAAUAGUAAUUCCUAGAAGGAAAAGAGUUAGAAAUCAUGUCUGGAUGUUGCAGCUUCACUGCCUCCCGUGACCGGUGCUACCGCUACUCCUUCUCCAACGCCGGCCUCAAAUCGGCCACGGCCGAUCUCGGCGACGGUACGAUCAUGCAUUGCUGGGUCCCCGGAACCCACAAGGAGUCCAAGCCUACUCUGCUUCUUAUCCACGGGAUCGGAGCCAACGCAAUGUGGCAAUGGAACGACUUCAUUUCUCCACUAAUCCGUCGCUUCAAUGUUUAUGUCCCGGACUUGGUUUUCUUCGGCGACUCCUACACGACCCGACCCGAUAGGUCCGAAUCGUUCCAGGCCAGGUGCGUGAUGAGCCUUAUGGAAGCUCACGGUGUGAGGAAAAUGAACGUGGUUGGCGUGAGCUACGGUGGUUUUGUGGCCUAUAGCAUGGCCGCGCAGUUUCCAGAGAAGGUGGAGAAGGUGGUACUCUGUUGUGCUGGAGUGGCCUUGGAAGAGAAAGAUAUGGAUGAAGGGAUGUUUCAGGUGAAAAGUGUGGACGAGGGCGUGGAUAUUUUGCUGCCACAGACACCGGCGAAUAUGAAGAAGCUGAUUCAGAUGACGUUUGUGAAGCCUAUGAAAGUUUUGCCUUCUUGCUUUCUUAGUGAUUACAUUGAUGUUAUGUGCACAGAAAACCGCCAAGAGAGGAAAGAACUAAUAUAUGCACUACACAAGGACAGAAAACUAUCUGAUCUUCCUAAGAUUACCCAGCCUACGUAUAUUGUCUGGGGAGAAAAGGACCUGGUAUUUCCAAUUGAAUUAGCUUACAGACUGAAACGGCAUCUGGGAGAUAAGCCGCAGCUACUGGUCAUUAAGAACGCAGGACAUGCUCUGAAUAUAGAGAAGCCCAAGGAGCUGUAUAAGUGUUUAAAAUCCAUUCUGUUUGAGUCCUCAGUUCCAGUGAAGCAAGAAAACCACAGUAAUGGUUACAAGGAGGACUAGAAAGUUCAAAAUUGAGAAAUGCAGAGACUGGUGUUAUAGAUUUGAUUGUUUAUCUACUUAUUGGUACUCAUUUAGGAGCCAUGGCCGGAUUAUCUUGGGGAUAGCUUGGAAUUAAAAUGUAUGGCUCUUAUACAGUACUGGCUUCUAGUGGUUCUCAGAAAAAGGAGUAAGAUUUUCACUUCUCCCAGUUUAAACAGAUAAAGAUGAGGUCCAAGAGAGACAUUUUAACUUCUGCUGAAACAGAGAAACAAUUAUAGUUUAGGAUAUGUAUAUCAUUGGAUGGUGCUUGCCGCAACAUUGCAGAAUAGUUCAAGUGUGUAUGUAUGAUAUGUGUGACUGGCUUGUUUGCCAGCUGAAAUCUACAUUUUUAUUUGCAUAGUCAUCAUAAUUAGCAUUGUUAAUGUUCACAAAA